UAUACGCAUUAUUUUCUGAACAUUAGUUCGUUAACCGAGGCAAAAAUGAUUUAUUUUAAGUUUUUAGUUAUUCUCACACUCACAGUAACUACCAGCUUGGCAGAGCAGAUUCUUUCUAAAGCAGCUCCUUACCCAGCAGCAGGUUGGCGACCGAAGAAACCAUUUAAUUUACCAGGCGAAUAUCUACCAGCCCGUGAAGUAGAAUCACAAAACCAACUACCACAAGUUGCAGAUGUUGAAAUUACACAAGAACGCAUAGAUUUUGCUGGGCAAAUACAAGAUAACAUAUCACCAGAUCUAAACCAUCAACCACACAGUAACUAUGCACCGCCACGGCAAUCAGACAGAACUCCAUUUAAUACACAAGCCUUGCCAAAUGACAGAGAUACUGUUUUUAAAAAUGAUAAGGAUAUUUUUCCAAAUGGUCCGAUUCAACCACAAAUUCAGCUUCAAGAAGAACAAAAACAGUUCUUUCCUGAAGACGAAAGGCAAGAAAUUACCAAUCCAGCGCCACAAUAUGGUGUUCCGGAUAUCGUACAACAAAAUUCCGCAUUUCCGGAUCCCAGAAAUUCGCUAACUGCCACUAAUGCUGAUGAGGAAAAUCCUGCUGCUAUUGAAGCUUUGAACGCUGCCGUUGAAGCUUAUAAUCGUGAAAGGGAUAGUCAAUAUGUGAGUAGUCAAAGUGGUAGCGAUGCAACAGAUUUCUCUCCACAAACCCCAUCCAAAACUGUAGUGCCAAGACGAUUUUCAAAGGGACAGUAUUUUGUUUUGGGUCCUGACAAUAAUGUACAACGUGUCAUGUUUACGACAACACAAGAUGAUGAGGAAAGGCGAAGCAAUGGUUUUACAGCGCAACUGAAAUAUACACCAGUGGGUGCAGUUAAGGAUCCGGUCUACCGAUACAAUAAUCGCGGUCAAUUAAUUAGAUUAUUCUGAGUUCGAAAUGUAGAAAUAUACAGAAGCUGUUAAGUUUUAUUUUUUAAUCUGUAAAAGAUAUUACAUAUUUGAAAUUAAAUCAAAUUCUCA